CAUGACGUAGCUGGCGGGAGCUGUGACGCCGCGGUUCCUUGUUUUCAACACAGCGCGGGAGACUGCAGAGCAGAAAGUGCACCAAACUUCGAGACGUUCAGCCUGAGGUUUAUCGAAAUGCCUUGUGAGAGGAUGCCGAUGCGCUACGGGCACUCGGAGGGACACACCGACGUCUGCUUCGAUGACAGCGGAAAGUUCAUUGUGAGCUGUGGAAGUGACGGAGAUGUUCGGAUAUGGGAGAGCCUGGAUGAUGACGACUCCAAGUCCAUCUGUGUUGGAGAAAAGGCCUACUCGCUAGCACUAAAGAAUGGAAAGCUGGUGACCGCGGCCUCGAACAACACAGUGCAGAUCCACACAUUUCCUGAUGGUGAUCCAGACGGCAUCCUGACGCGGUUCACCACCAACCCCACCCACGUCACCUUCAACAGCAUUGGCUCCAGAGUUGCUGCUGGCUCCAGUGACUUCAUGGUUAAAGUGGUGGAGGUGUCAGACAGCAGCCAACAGAAAGUAUUCCGGGGCCACGACGCGCCUGUCCUUAGUGUCACAUUUGACCCAAAAGAUGAAUUCCUGGCCUCGGCCAGCUGCGAUGGCUCUGUCGUGGUGUGGAACAUUGAAGAGCAGACACAGGCGACCAGUUGGCCGGUGCUCCAGAAGACCAAUGACGUCAGUAAUGCCAAGUCCCUGUGUCGACUGGCCUGGCAACCCGGGGCUGGGAAGCUUUUAGCAGUUCCUGUGGACUCGAAGGUGCAUCUGUAUGAGAGAGGUUCCUGGGAUCAUGUGAGCACUCUCUCUGAUGAUCUGGUCACACAGCCCAUAAACGCAGUGGCCUGGUCACCCUCCGGGCAGUUCCUGGCAGCUGGCGGUGUCGGGGGUUUCUUGACGGUGUGGGAUGUGGACAGCAAGCUGUGUGUGGAAAGGCAGAAGCAGGAGAAGGGCUACACAGUUUGUGGAUUAGCCUGGCACCCGUCAGGCAACCAGAUCGUCUACUCAGACACACAGGGUUCCCUGGGCCUGCUGGACGGCCUCUCCACCUCUUCUUCUCACCCCAGCACCAAGGCCACGAAGGCGCCAGCAAGCAAAGUGGCAAAAGACUAUGAUGACCUGUUUGAUGACGACGACGACAGACUCAUGGAUGAAGGACUGAGUGAUACAAACUCCCCAGCCAAGAACCCUGUUGCAGGAGACGAAGAUGGUGAUGAUGAUGAUGUGGUGCCUGCCACAGGGCGUGUGAGGAACAGGGGGGCAUUCCUGGAUGAUGAGAACUCACUGGACACAGGCUCGCUGAAGCUCGGCCUGGAUAAAUAUGGAGACGAUGAUGACGCCGGCAGUGCCAUAGUGGCCCCGGCUGCUCCAGCAGUGCCCUUGCGUCCCGUCUACGAGGGGCCCAUGCCCACUCCACCCCAGAAGGCCUUUCAGUCGGGCUCCACUCCGGCGCACCUCACACAUCGCUUCAUGAUGUGGAACUCGGUGGGAAUAGUGCGAGGCUACAACGACGAACAGGACAAUGCCAUUGAUGUGGAGUUCCACGACUCGGCCGUGCACCACGCCAUGCACCUCACCAAUUCACUGGGACACAGCAUGGCUGACGUGUCCCAGGAGGCUGUGCUGCUGGCCUGCCCCAGCACAGACGAGCUCGCCAGCAAGCUGCAGUGCCUUCAUUUCUCAUCCUGGGACACCAACAAGGAGUGGAUGGUGGACCUGCCGAAGGGCGAGGAUGUGAAGGCGUUGUGUCUGGGCCAGGGCUGGGCGGCCGCUGCCACCAGCGCCAUGAUGCUUCGGCUCUUCUCUAUAGGAGGAAUCCAGAGAGAGAUCUUCAGCCUGCCGGGGCCGGUGGUCUGCAUGGCCGGACAUGGAGAGCAGCUGCUCAUAGUCUACCACCGGGCUACAGGUUUUGAUGGGGAUCAGGCGUUGGGUGUCCAGCUGCUGCAGUUGGCUCAAAGGAAGAGGCAGGUCAUCCACGGCGAGCCCCUCCCACUUUCUCGGAAAUCCUAUUUAUCAUGGCUGGGAUUCACUGCUGAGGGUACCCCCUGCUACAUCGAUUCGGAGGGGGUGGUACGGAUGCUAAACCGCUCCCUGGGAAACACAUGGACACCAGUGUGCAACACCAGGGAGAGCUGCAAGGGCAAAUCGGACCACUACUGGGUGGUCGGAGUUCAUGAGAACCCAGAGCAGCUCAGAUGUAUCCCAUGUAAAGGCUCCAGGUACCCCCCCACCCUGCCCAGGCCUGCCGUCGCCAUCUUGCCCUUCAAACUGCCUCUGUGUCAGACCACCACAGAGAAGGGACAGAUGGAGGAGCAGUUCUGGCGUUCAGUCCUCUUCCAAAACCACUACAGCUUCCUGUCCUCCAGUGGAUAUGAGGUCGAUGAUCAGGCACAGAGCCAAGCUGAGAAGAAGCAGCAGGAACUGCUGAUGAAGAUGUUUGCUUUAUCUUGUAAGCUUGAGAGAGAGUUUCGCUGUGUGGAGCUGGCAGAGCUGAUGACUCAGAACGCGGUGACUCUGGCCAUCCGCUACGCCUCCCGAUCCAGACGCAUGGCCCUCGCCCAGCGCCUCAGUGAGAUCGCUCUGGAGAAAGCCAACCAGAUGAAUGAAGAAGAGUUCGUGGAGCAGGAAGACUCAAGCAUCAGGCGAACCUCUGGGUAUAGCCAGGCUGAGGCCACGGGAUACCAUUACAACAACAGACACCAUCAGGAGGAGGAAGAGGAGCAGAGAGAGGAGCUCGAGGAGGAGGAAGGGCGAGACAUGGAGACAGAAGAUGCAGCAGAAAACAGGAAACGUCUGAACCCGUUUGCUAAAAGAGGGAGCUCCCCUGAAAAGCCAGCUCUAAAACCAAUUAGCAAAGAGGGACGUGUAAAUCCUUUCAAGGUCCUGGGCUCGGGGAGGUCGUCGGCGUCACCUGGUCAGCCCCGAGUGACCAACGUCCUGGACAGCAUGACGUCCGUCAAGAAGCUCGCCCCCCUCAGCGGCUCUGCAGGGAAAACAAACAAAAGCCCACCCCUCAAACCCCUGGCCCCCAGACCUAAAGCAAAGACUCAGUCCACACUGAUGCAGAUGACAGGCUCUAAAACAGCCAAUAAGAAGGCUCCACAGAAUGUGGAGUCAGCCGAGGAUAAGAUGAAGCAGCCUGAGGUGCCACCUACACCAUCACCGGUGGAUAACGCUGAAAACAAGAGGCCAAAGACGGGCUUCCAGCUGUGGUUGGAGGAGAACAGGAAGAGUAUAGUGGCAGACCAGCCUGAUCUGGAGGAGACGGACAUCAUCAAGGAGGCCAUGGGACGUUUCAGGAUCCUCUCAGCAGAGGAGCGGCUGUCUUGGACAGAAAGAGCAAAAGGCCAAACUGUAGAUGCAGCAGAUCUGAAGAAAAGAAAAAGAGCCGAAGGAGAAGGAGGUGCAGAAAAUGAAAAUGCCCACGUAGAAGCUGAUGAAAGUGUGGCCAAAAAGAAAAAAUCUUUGGAUCCCUCAUCCAAGCUUUCGGCAUUUGCUUUCAACAAAAACUAAACAGUUAUUUGUUUUGUGUUUCAUUGAUGUUUUUUUGUUUGUUUGUUUGUUUUGUAUGUGUAUGUUUUUCCCCAAAGAGUGAGGUGUGAGAAAUAACUUUGAUGAAAGUUUGUUUUCCUACAAAUGAAUCUUUCAAUACCCCUAGUUAUCUUGAAUUGGUGAACAGUAAUUUCUUUUUAAAAGAUGGUGUUUUGGCCCAGAAGCGUUAGAUAAUGGCAUCAGUUCAAAACUUCUGAAGCACUAGAAAUACCUCUGAACAUCAGCGAUGGGUCAGUGACAUAAAAAGUUAAUUUUAUAGUGUUCCAUGCUUGGUUUUAUUUUUUGAUGUGUUUUCAUGUUUCAAACAUUUUGAGAAAUGUGCUGUAUCUUAACUGUUGAAUAAAUGUAAGUUUAUGAGUCUGCGGCUUCCA